UCUCUCUCUCUCUCUCGAUAUGCUGCUGCUUCCUCCUACAAACACAGUCUGAAAAAUCAUCAAAAAGAUGGGUUAUCGUCUUUGAGCAGACACCGCUGUUUGCUCUGAAUUUACCCGACAAAAGUAAAGGGCCUCCGUCUGUAGCUGGAAGUAACCGGUGAUGAUCGAUUAUUUCCAGAGAUGAAGCCGAGGCUGCACACCUCCGUUACUUGGAAACAGAAACAUUUCUGCGGAAAGUUUUUCUCUUCGGAUGGAAGAAGUUUUGAGACAAAGCGGUUGCCACGGGGCUGUUUUCUCCCCUGUUUAAUGAUAAUGGAGGAAGCCCGGCUCUGAGUGACACAAUGUCUUGGGAGGAGCUCAUCGAGCUCCGUGACCUGAGGCCAGGCAGAGAGCAGAUAGACUUGACCGGCACACGUUCGCCCUGCUCGCCUCCACGCCUGGAGAGAACAAACGCCCUGAGGAUCAGCCCUGGGAAGGUCCCGGACCUCCUGAGCCGGGUGGGCAUCAUCAGAGUCCUGAGCAGCAGCCAGGACCCCCAGCUCACCGAGGAGAAGGGAGAGGGACACAACUUCCAGCCCUGCAGCCACGCUCAGCCCACGUGGUGUGAUCUGUGUGGAGACUUCAUCUGGGGACUGUACAAGCAGAGCCUGCGGUGUGUCAAUUGUAGAUUCACAUGCCACUACCGCUGUCGGGCCCUGAUCCGGCUGGACUGCAGCUGGGACCGGGGCUAUGUGGCCGACCACACGUGUGUUGUGGAGCACACCAUAGAAACAGACACAAAUGUGGAUGAACAGAUUGAAAGUGGAAAGCAGGAGUUCACAACUGCAGAGAUUCAGCAGAAGGUGAAGGAAUACAACACUCAAAUAAACAGCAAUCUGUUCAUGAACAUGAACAAGGAUGGUUCCUACACUGGCUUCAUAAAGGUGCAGUUCAAGCUGGCGCGGCCUGUGUCAGUUCCACCUCCAAAGAAAGGCAGUCACGAUGCGGGAGGAAGGAAGGCUAGCGGAGUGAAGCGCCGCACCUCCUUCUACCUGCCGAAAGACGCAUCCAAGCACCUGCACAUAAGUUCACGCACUUCUGCUCGUGAGGUCAUCGAGGCCUUGUUGAAAAAGUUCACCGUGGUGGACAAUCCUGGCAAGUUUGCUCUGUUUGAGCGCAGCGAGCGGCAUGACCAAGUUUAUAUCCGCAAGCUGUCUGACGAUGAGCGUCCCCUCCGUCUUCGUCUGCGUUCUGGGCCCAAUGAGAAAGUCCUCAGUUUUGUUCUUAAAGAGAAUGAAACUGGAGAAGUCAACUGGCAUGCCUUCUCCAUGCCCGAGUUAAAGAACUUCCUGCGUAUUCUGCAGCGUGAAGAGGAAGAACACGUCAAGCAGAUAGUGCAGCGGUACGCUCUGGCCCGCACCAAGAUGCAGGACGCUCUGGCUGGCUCGACCCCCGGCUGAGGCGACUCUGCGCUGGGGGUUAAGCAUGCACCUCUUGGCUGGACCAAUCACCUGAAGAUGACCAGUCAUCGCUGCAUCCAAAGAUCCCAGAGAGCACAACUCAAAAACACCUCUUCGGUGAACGAGAGAGUGAGACAGGGCGCAAGACUAUGAGAGAGAGAGCGAAAGAGAGAGCGCUAGCGCGAAUGUGCGUGUGAAAUGAUGCGAGAGACGUGCCUUACACCUGGAGAGUCUGAUGUGCCUGAGAGAAUGAGUUGAGAGAGCUGACGACUGGCAGAUGAGACCGGGGUUGUACCCAGUAAUGUAUUUUUGUUAUUGGGUACCAUCUGAUUAUCCUGUGUACCUCAGCUGUGUCACUUUAACUUUAAGGAAAAUGUUAGUAAAUGUUCUGACAUUUUUAGGUUUAAAGAAAAUCCACUAGUCCAUGUGUUAAUUCCUUUUUUAAUUUUCCAGAAUAAAAAAUAGGUAACGUGUCCCAUCGUGAUAUCACUGCCAAGUUUAGAUAACCUCAGUCUGGUCCUUGAACAACCUACCAUGAAAACCAUACUUGUUAAUCUCAUAUUGACAUUUUAAUUCAUCCUGUUAGAAAGUUAAACACACAUGUUGUAGAAAGGUAUCUGGGUUUUCAUUUGCCCGAGUCUCAAAGGUCUGCCACGUCCUCUCGACACCCCUGAUGGGUGCAACUCUUUUUUUUAUUUUAUUUUUAUCGUCAGUUUGUGAGUUUGACUGAUGUGUGGACAUUUGUAUGCAUUUAUGAAUGUCAGAGAGCUGAAGUCACUGUGGUUGACUGGAAUCAUGAAUGAAUAUUGGUAUACAUGUGUUUCACUGGAAGCUGUCUGUCAUUCCUUCAUAUCUUUGUUUUUUUCUGUCCUUUUUAUUUUUUAAAAAGAAAAUGUUUGUCUUGUGAUUCUCAUUGUAUCCGUCUAUGCACAAACUUUACAUGUAGCAACCUUCAAGAUGUUGUUCCAACUGUGCACUGCAAUCAGUAAAGAAUUACACAGUUCUACCCA